UUUGGUUUUUGGUUUUUGGUUUUUUUUUUUGGAGAGGAAAGGGAAUCAGCGGCAGAGUGUUCUUUACCGACUGAGUGGAAGUCAAGCUGCGACUCCUGACCGACGGCCGCGAUGGAGCCCAAGGUGCCGGCGCCGGCGGGCAGCCUGACGUGGGCGCGGAUGUGCAAGGAAUGCGGGCAAGGGCACGAAGGCCAGGAGAGUCACCUGUACGAGUACCAGGACGAGGUGGACGACGAGCUGGUGUGCCACAUCUGUCUCCAGCCGUUGCUCCAGCCGAUGGACACGCCGUGCGGACACACCUACUGCUUUCAGUGCCUGAGUAGCUUUCUCCGGGAUCAGGACUUUUGCCCCGUGGACCGUCAGAGGCUACAGAUGCAGCAUUGCCGCGCCUCCAGCCUCUUGGUGCGCAAUUUGCUGGACAAACUGACAGUGUUGUGUCCGUUCCACAGCGAAUGCCAACAGAGCAUGCAGAGAUGUGAACUACAACCGCACCUGCACAACAGAUGUCCAGGGUUCAAGCGACUGAGGGAGGAGGCAGAGAGGAGAAAGAGACCUGCUUGGAACGAGAUCAAGGGGAGCAGGACGGAGGGAGAAUGUGCAGGCGACAGUAAAUCCACCCCAAACAGAACCUCCACGGCCCGCGGGCCGGCUGAGCCCGGCCUGGUCAACCCUGCUUUUGAAGAAGGCGAGGAUGAAGCCCCCCUGAGGUCCAGCCUGGUCUCCGAGUCCACCGUGGUGGAGCUUUUUAGGGACAAUCCUGAGGAGGAGUUGGGUUUGCGGAUUGUGGGAGGCAAGGACACACCCUUGGGCAAUAUCGUCGUACAGGAAGUUGUUCGUGACACAUUGGCAGCCCGCAACGGAAAGCUGGCACCUGGAGAUCAUAUCCUAGAGGUAAACGAUGUCAGUCUGGCGUCCAUCCCGCACAGCCGCGCUAUAGCCCUGCUCCGCAGGCCCUGCUCCCUCCUCAGACUCACCGUCAUGCAGGAGAAAGGUUUCAAAGUACGGCCCGAACACCACUCGCACCCCUCUCCCUCCACGCUGGCCUCCAACGCAUCCCAGCCCUCCCACAACUCCAGCACCGUCGUCCAGGUCACCCUCGUCAAGCGGGAACGCGCAGAACCGCUCGGCAUCAAGCUCAUCCGCAAGUCGGAGGAGCCUGGAGUGUUCAUCUUAGACCUCCUGCCGGGAGGCCUGGCCGCCAAAGACGGCAAACUGCGCAACAACGACAAAGUCCUGGCCAUCAACGGGCAAGACCUGAGACAUGGCACUCCGGAGAGUGCAGCCCAGAUCAUACAGGGGAGUGAGAUGCGGGUGAACUUUGUGGUAAUGAGACACCCUGAGCCUCCUGAGGACGGGAUGGAGGUGCAGAGCAGAGGAGCCAGAAGAACUCCUGAACCACAGUACUUCAGACGUCGCUCAUCUUAUAUGAAGGAACCUCCAGGUGGGUUUUCCAGUCAGGAGAAGACUGUGACCCUGAAAAAGGAACCACGGCACUCCCUGGGCAUUACCAUAGCUGGGGGAAGGGACUGCCGUAGCCGACUGCCCGUCUAUAUCACCAGUGUGCAGCCCGUGGGAUGCCUGCACCGAGAAGGCACUAUAAAAAAAGGUGAUGUUUUGCUGAGUAUAAAUGGUUUGGACCUGACCCAGCUGACCUAUAACGAAGCGGUCUCCGUGCUGAAGACACAGACCGCUCAGAGCUCUGUGGCGCUGCGUGUUAUUCAGACCAUAUCCGAGGAGGACGGAGAGGAGGACAGCGAGGCUGCCAACACGGAGGAGAUGGACACCCACGAAGGCCCCAGAGAAGACGACAUCAACUGGUCUCCGAUGUGGACCCGAUGGCUGGGCCUGCCCAGCCAAAUGCACUGGUGUCGGGACAUCGCCCUGCUGAAGACCAACAAUGAAAGCUGGGGCUUCAGCAUCGUGGGGGGGUAUGAGGAGAAUCGAGGCCAUCAACCCUUCUUCAUUAAAACCAUAGUGCCUGGAACCCCAGCCCACUUCGAUGGACGUCUCAAAUGCGGCGAUGAGAUAGUAGCCGUGAACGGGGCCUCCACCGUGGGCAUGAACAACUCCUCUCUCAUCCCCAUGCUGAAGCUGCAGAGGAACAAGGUUACGUUGACUGUCGUGUCCUGGCCUGGUACCCUGGUCUGAGUGCCUGCUUUCGCCGUUCGCCCGGGUCGCCACCUUGCCAUUGCCUCACACUGUCCAUCAGCUGUAAUCUACCCCCUCAGGGAGGGCAUCAAAAGAUUUUAGCAUCCGUGAUCUGUGUUAUGCUAUUAUUUUCAUGUAACAUUUGUCUUCCGUGAACUUUAUCCAGCAUUACAUUGUUAUCACUUAUUUGUUUCCCCCUACAUGUGACUUGCACCUGCAAAUCAGGGAAUGAAGGCAGACAAUCAUUGGACUAUAUUUUGAGGAAAACAGGAUGUGUCUUUAAUGUUUGUAAUUUUUUUUUUUUUUUUUUACCCACUAAUUGAAGGCAAUUUUUCUGGAGGUUGUUGGCGCCUUUUUGAGGGAUUUCUAAGACAUACACUGCACUAGAAAACUUUGUCUUGAACCCCAAAGAUGUAGGAUUUCAAGCAUUAUCCUCAGCGUCUGUACGUCAACAAAUAUUAUUCCCUCUAUAUCCUUGUUUCUGAAUGUGUUCUGGAACAUUCUGUCAACUUGCCUCUAUGGGUAUAAUUUGUUACAGCUUUGAUCACCCUUUACACUUUGACAUUAUGCACAGAUUGUUUUGUAGGACAUGUCAGGUGUACAUCUUCUUUUAACUCCAUCUGUUUUAGCUCAGAAAGAACUCCUUAUUUCCAUGAAUGAAUUACAGUAGCCUUGAUUAUUAUUCACUACUGACUGGUGAAUGUUGGUGAUAUACAUGCUCACUUUUGGACACUUUGUGGGACCACACCAAAGUCUUGACUCACUAGCUGGCAACAUUAUGAAUUACUCAUUUGUUUUCAGUAUAAAUAUGACUAAUUGUAAUUUUAUGUAUUUUAUCGUAAUCAUAAGAUACUGCUCUCUAAGUUCUGCUGGGUGGCAGUAUUACCACUUUUCAGAACUGUGCUGUAGUCGACUACCUUAUUUUAUGAUCGAGGGAUUUUAACAUUCAUGUUUUGUUGUUUUUUGUUUGUUUGUUUGUUUGUCUUGCUUAUGUAGAGAGACAGUACACACUUGCCUUAUAAUGCCAUAUAAUGCCAUUAGUUUCCUUUGGCCUCUUACACCUUGUAUAUGUCUUUGAAUAAGAGGAGAACUUGAAUGUAUUCGGUUUCCUAUUCACGUUGGCAGUUCAUUGCUAAAUUUGUGUUUCACUGAAUUAGGCUCACAGUUGUUCAGUGGAAGAUCAGUUAUUCUCAUGGUACCUUGAACUGCAUUAAUAAAAUGCUCUGUUUUAUCAUAAAAUUCUGUUUUAUCAUGAUGUUGAAGUUUGAUUUUGUUUAGUCUGUCCCCAUAAUGGCUCAAAUAAACUCCUCCAAUAAAA